AUGCCAAUCACGGAGGAACAGCUGCGGACACGAUUGCAAGCCCUCGAACCCGACCAUUUGGAGGUCGAAGACGAGUCGGAUGGGUGCGGCGCCAAAUUUCGGAUGGUCGUCGUCUCGGACAAGUUCAUCGGCAAGACGACACUCGCCUCGCACAGGCUGGUACAAGACGCGAUCAAAGAAGAGAUGCCCUCCAUCCACGCCGUCACGAUCAAGACGUACACCCGCCAGAAGUGGGCCGCCGAGCAGCAACAA